AUGGACUCCCAGUGGCAGCAGGGCUAUGCCGACUCGGCCGGCUCUGCGAGGAGAUACAAUGGCAGCGGUGCCCAGGUGCCCCGGGGAGACUACAAUGGGCAACCAGGCCCGCAAGGUCAGCAGCCGCCUGCCGGCUUCAAGUACGACCAGUACCAAAGCCCUGGCGGCAUGUCUUCUCACGCCGCCAGCGCUGCCACAUCGCCAAUGUCCACGCCCCAGAUGCGCGAUAACAACGGCGAUGUUCCCAUGCACGAUGCCCAGGACUCGUAUACAGGCAUGAAAUAUCCCAUGAGACCCCAUCACCAGUCUCACCUCUCCGGGAGCCGCUCGUCUACUCUCUACUCGCCCCAGGAGCCAUCCGCUGCUGCCCAACGAUACUCGCCGAUGGAAGCCCUGUCCCCCACUUCGCCCUACGCGCCAAAAUCCGCCCAAGGCCAGUUCGCUUCCCCCCCGGGCCAACGACAGUCUCCCACAAGGCAGUCCGAGUACAUGCCCCAGAGCCCUCACUACGGUGGUCGUCAGCAACCUCCCCAACUCCCUCCGAUCGCGCCGUACGGCGCGGCUCACGAUGGGUACCCUUCAGCCGUCGUUGCCAACAUCGAUGGCGCUUUUGCCGGCGAUCCCAAGUCGCCGCGCCGCCCGAUCCCGCAGCCCAUGCCCAGAGGGCCUGCCCCUGAAUUCAGGCAAUGUAGAGCUCCGACCGAUCUUCGACCCAAGGUCAACGCCCAGCCUCCCUUUAGGCGUGCGAACCCCGAAGGAGGCUUUAUCAGCCCCCUCCAAGCCCUGACGGUGCACCUCCCUGCCACCUACAGGAUAUGCAACCCGAACUUCAAAUACGAGUCGUCGCGUAAUCCUCGCCGGGUUCUGACCAAGCCGAGCAAGGGCGUCAAAAACGAUGGGUACGACAACGAAGACAGCGACUAUAUCCUAUACGUCAACGAUAUCCUGGGCUCAGAAGAGGCCGGCCAUAAGAAUCGGUAUCUUAUUCUCGAUGUUCUGGGCCAGGGCACCUUCGGACAAGUUGUCAAAUGUCAAAACCUCAAGACGCAGGAAGUGGUCGCCGUCAAGGUCAUCAAGAACCGCACUGCGUAUUUCAACCAGAGCAUGAUGGAGGUGUCGGUUCUGGACUUGCUCAACACCAAGCUCGAUAAGAACGAUGAUCACCACCUUUUGCGACUUAAAGACACCUUCAUCCAUCGCCAACACUUGUGCCUGGUUUUCGAGCUUCUUAGCGUCAACCUGUACGAGUUGAUUAAGCAGAACCAGUUCCGGGGUCUCAGCACGACCCUCGUCCGUGUUUUCGCUCAACAACUCCUCAACGGUCUGGCGCUGCUGAACAAGGCGCGGCUCAUCCACUGCGACUUGAAGCCCGAGAACAUCCUGCUCAAGAACCUCGAGAGCCCCAUAAUCAAGAUCAUCGAUUUCGGUUCCGCAUGCGACGAACGGCAAACGGUCUAUACCUAUAUUCAAUCCAGAUUCUACCGAUCUCCAGAGGUUCUGCUGGGCUUGCCGUACUCGUCGGCCAUCGACAUGUGGUCUCUCGGCUGCAUUGUCGUAGAGCUGUUCCUCGGUCUCCCGCUGUUCCCAGGCUCCUCCGAGUACAACCAGGUUUCACGAAUCGUUGACAUGCUGGGCAACCCGCCGAAUUGGAUGAUUGAGAUGGGCAAGCAAGCCGGCGAAUUCUUUGAGAAGAGGCAGGACGAGUUUGGUCGGCGGACGUACCAGUUGAAGAGCAUGGAGCAGUACGCUCGGGAACACUCGACCAAGGAGCAACCGAGCAAAAAGUAUUUCCAAGCCAACACACUGCCGGAGAUCAUCAAAUCCUACCCCAUGCCCCGGAAGAACAUGAAGCAGAGCGAGAUCGACAGAGAAAUGAACAACAGAAUCGCCUUCAUCGACUUUGUCAGAGGACUGUUGAACAUCAACCCCUUGGAGCGUUGGUCACCGCAGCAAGCCAAGUUGCACCCGUUCAUCACCCAGCAGAAGUUCACUGGGCCGUUUGUGCCACCCAUGAACCUAAAGUCCAGCUCUCUCAACAGGUCUCCAGCUCCUGGCACGCAACAGCAGCAGCAGGCCGAAGCAUUGAGCAAGCAAAGAGCGCAGGCAGCCCAAGCACAGGCGAACUCUGCCGCACAGGGAGCUUACGCCCAGAUGGCGGCUCAAUACCAACAACCUGCACACUCUCAGCAGCCGCCCAUCUACAACAACCAGCCAAUGUACUCGCCGAGCAGCAGUCACGCCGCCCAACCCCCACCAUACGGGGCUCAGCAAGGUGCCUAUGGCCUCAUGACGCAACAGCCCGCGCAAAUGCCUCCUGGACCUUAUGGCGGCAGUGCGGCCCAACAACAACAACAGCAACAACAACAACCUGGCCUAUAUCCCCAGCAAGGAAUGCGACCGGCCCGCCAACGUGCUUCGACCAUGGAGCAACAGCAAAGUGGUAUCCCCGCUGCCAUCCAGCGCGUUGCUAGUCACCUUGACCCGAGCCAGCCGAUUCGCCUGCAGCCUAGCCCAGCCUACUAUCCCCCUCCAACGGACGGCGGUAUGGCUGGUAUGGAAAAUGCGGCUCAGCGAGCAGGCAGACGCGGAAGUCGCGUACAGCAAGGAGGAAGAGGCAACCGAGAUUUUAUCCGCAACCUCGAGGAGAGAACGCUGGAGGAGGGCUUUAUGGGAAACCAGAAUCCUUGGCAUUGA